AUGGAUUUCAAUACUAAGGUUGAUGAAUAACUAAUCUAUGAAGGUAAGUGGCUGCAUUUCAAACUUCUUCAUUUCCAAGUAAAUGGACACUAAAAAGUUUGGGAAUAUGUCGAAAGGCCUCCAGGAAAUAGAGGUGGAGUUGACAUCAUCCCCAUUAUCAAAUACAAAGAUAAACCAUCUUAAGUGAUCGUGAUAGCCAAUUUCAGACCUCCCAUAAGGAAGUUCUGUCUAGAAUUCCCAGCAGGCAUCGUAGACCCUGAAGGCAGCAUCCAAGAGAAUGGUCUAAGAGAAAUCAAAGAGGAAACAGGAUACACUGCAUAAAUCGGAUAAUAUCAAUACAAUGGAGUGCGUAUUAGAAACGACCCUUGGAAAUCUACAGAGCAUGGACUUUGCGUUAUUGUGGAUGUCGAUGGUGAUUCAGAAGUUAAUAUCAAUCCUAAAUAACAUUUGGAAUCAGACGAGAAUAUCAUAGUUUACAAAAUGAGUAUGGGCAAGACCAUGACUGAUGAAAUAUUAUAAUUAGCUAAAGAGAAGGACUAUGAAAUUGCUGGACUUCUGUGGUUUUUUGCUUUGGGACAACAAUUUAACAAUUGA